AUGCCUCGCAAGGUUGUAUCUGGACCUGACUACGAUGAUGAGUACGAUGACUAUGAUGAGUAUGAUGAUGAUGACUAUGAUGAGUAUGAUGAAACCGAAUACGGCAACAACCAUCCUGUUAACAUGGGGAAAGAAUCAUUGAAGAAGUCCUCAAGUACAGUGCCGGUUCAUUGGACAUGUUCCAUGUGCACGUUCAGUAAUCAUGAAAGCAUGGUGUACUGUGAGAUGUGUGGGGUUUUCCGUGAGACCUUUGUCAAAUCUGCGAAGGAUGGUCUGUUAAAAGAUGCAGCCGUUGCAGUGUCAAGUGAGCCAAGGACAUCUGCUGCGUCAAAAACCGAUUCUGCCAAGACGCCAGUGAAGAUUCGUUCUCUGGAUUCUGAUGGUGAUUCUGCAAGAAAGCAUGCUAGUAUGUCUUAUGAUAAAGCCAAUUCCAUGCAGUUAACAUCUGCUGGAAGCUCACUAGGUGCUGAAAAAAAGAAGAAAACACCUGUACUUUCUGAAGUACCUGUGGAAAGGAUAGCUCUGUUGGCUUCCGAUGAUUUUCAGCCGAAGGGUAACCAGAGUGGCGGGGCUAGCAGUUCUUCACAGAAUGACAAUGUGAUCCAGAAACUCUCUUCUGACCUAGGCCAGCUAAAUGUAGACAAGAACAAUGUGAAUGUUACAAAACCUUGUUUGUCUGAAGAGUAUAAGCCUGAGAAGUGGAUGUUAGCUGAUCCGGAGUCAGGGGUGCUGAGCCAACUAAACCUUGCAAUAGUUGGUCAUGUUGAUUCUGGGAAGUCGACACUAUCUGGGAGAUUACUGCAUCUCUUAGGAAGGAUAUCAAAAAAAGAUAUGCACAAGAAUGAAAAGGAGUCGAAAGAGAAAGGGAAGGGGUCAUUUGCUUUUGCAUGGGCCAUGGAUGAGAGCAGUGAAGAAAGGGAACGGGGUGUGACAAUGACUGUGGCUGUGGCUUAUUUGGAGACUAAGAAAUUCCGUGUAGUUUUACUUGACUCACCUGGCCACAAAGAUUUUGUGCCAAAUAUGAUAUCUGGUGCAACACAAGCUGAUGCAGCUAUUCUUGUCGUCGAUGCUUCCACUGGUUCUUUUGAAGCUGGCAUGGACGGUGAAGGAGGAAAAGGUGUUGGCCAGACUAAAGAGCAUGCUCAGCUUGUUAGAAGCUUUGGUGUCGAACAGCUUGUUGUCGCAGUCAACAAGAUGGAUGCUGUUGUGUAUGCAAAAGAAAGGUUUGAUUUCAUCAAACUACAACUUGGUAGUUUCCUGCGGUCAUGCAACUUCAAGGACUCAGCUAUUACCUGGAUUCCUCUUAGUGCUGUAGAAAACCAAAAUUUGAUCAAUGCUCCUUCAGAUGCUCGUUUAACCUCCUGGUAUCAAGGGUUUUGCCUCUUGGAUGCUAUAGAUUCCCUGCAGCUUCCUUCUCGGGAUGUUUCGAAGCCCUUGAUUCUUCCAAUCUGUGAUGUUAUAAAGUCUCAGUCAACAGGACAGUGGGCAGCUUAUGGAAAAUUGGAAACUGGAGCCAUUCAAAAUGGUUCUAAGGUGUUAGUUCUACCUUCUGGGCAAGAGGCGACUGUGAAAACCAUUCAGCGGGACUCCAAUUCAUGCACCAUAGCGAGAGCUGGUGAUAAUGUGGCGAUUUGUUUACAGGGUAUUGAUGGAAGUCAACUAAUACCUGGCGGGGUUCUUUGCCACCCUCGUUUCCCUGUGGCUGUAGCUAACCACUUGGAGCUGAAGGUUCUAGUCCUGGACAUCACUACUCCUAUUCUUGUUGGCUCUCAGGUGGAAUUUCACAUACAUCAUGUGAAGGAGGCCGCAAGAGUAACAAAAAUCAUUGCAUUACUUGACAAGACUGGCAAACCAAGUAAAUCGGCACCUCGAUUUCUUAAAUCCAAGCAGAAUGCUCUUAUACAGGUCACACUAGAUGGAGCUGUCUGUGUUCAGGAAUUCUCUAAGAGCCGUGCUCUUGGGAGGGCAUACUUGAGGUCAUCUGGGCGCACGAUUGCUGUUGGCGUGGUUAAUCAGAUAAUUGUCCAAGAUCAGAACUAG